CUAGAUCGGUCAGGUUGGCAGGUUGGUAACAGUGACGCUUGAAGUUUGUCGUGUGAAGGAUUUUCGAUUUGUCUUGUCUGUGUGGUCGCUCUGUGGGGUCCAUUCAGCGACUAAAAAGUAAUUUACGGCUAAAAUCUUCUCGAAAUGAUAAUACUUUAUAGAUAACGCAUUGAUAUAAAAUGUUGAAUAAUUUUACGGAGUGUUCAAUCUUUACGUUUCUUCUUUUUUAUCGCACAUUCAGUUCAGUGUUAUGAUCGCGUCAUAGCGCACGUCUCCAACAAGAAACCAGUCGAUAUUAUGCGGCCCGAACGCGACAACUACAUAAGGAUACAAUUAUGAUGCCUAUGGUGUAUACGGUGUAUGGUUUUGCCAUAUUUUUUAUUGUCGCGUGGGUGUGUCUGUGGUUAAUACACAUAAUGGCUUACUCUUACUCAAAGUGGAAGCUUCAUCGAACAGUGGACCGGUCACCGCCUGAACAGCCGUACCCCGGUGUUUCUAUACUGAAGCCGCUCACAGGUGUCGAUCCGAAUCUCUUCUCAAACCUGGAAACGUUUUUCACUCUGGACUAUCCAUCGUAUGAGUUAUUGUUCUGUGUGGAAAAUGAGCACGACCCUGCGGUCAUGUUAGUGAACAGCCUCAUUCAUAAACAUCCUCACAUAGACGCUCGUCUGUUUACGGGCGGGUUACGAGUCGGUGUCAACCCCAAGAUCAACAACAUGCAACCGGCCUAUUUGGCGGCAAAAUACCCGAUGGUGCUGAUCAGCGACGCGGGGAUCCGCAUGCGAGACGACUCCCUACUGGACAUGGUGCAGCAUAUGCGGGACGACGUCGCGAUCGUGCACCAGAUGCCGUUCACCUGCGACGCCGAGGGCUUCGCCGGUGUCUACGAGAAGGUGUUGUUCGGCACGGCGCAGGCGCGCCUGUACCUCGGCGCGGACUUCCUGGGCAUCAACUGUCACGUGGGCAUGUCGUCGCUGGUGCGGCGCUGCGCGCUGGAGGAGGCGGGCGGGCUGCGCGCCUUCGCCGACUACCUGGCCGAGGACUACUUCAUGGCCAAGGACAUCGUGUCGCGCGGCUGGCGGAUGCGCGUGGCGUCGCUGCCGGCGCUGCAGAACUCGGGCACGCGCUCGGUGGGCGCGCUGCAGGCGCGGCUGCGGCGCUGGGCGCGCCUGCGCAUCGCCAUGGUGCCCACCAUGGCGCUGCUGGAGCCGCUGACGGAGUGCAUGCCGCUGGGCGCGGGCGCGGCCUGGGCGGCGGGCCAGCUGUUCGGCGCGGAGCCGCUGCCCUUCUUCCUGGUGCAUGUGCUCGUGUGGUUCCUCUCGGACUGGCUGAUGCUCCGGUCAGUGCAGAACGGCUCGCCGCCGUUCACCAAAGUGCAGUUUUUGCUAGGCUGGGUGUGGAGCGAGUGCUGCGCGCCCUUCGUGCUGGCCGCGGCGCUCCUCAGCCCGGAGAUCUCGUGGCGGACUCGCUGUUACCGGCUGGACUGGGGCGGCCGCGCGCACGAACUCAAUCCCAAGCUCAAGUUCUGAGCCCCAUCCCUCCCUCAUACUCGAAAGCUUUAAUUUGGUGAAUGUUUACGUUUUACCAGUGUAUAUUAGUCUGUUUGAGUGCGACUGAAUUUUCGAAUGUGUGUUUAUAGUUAAUAUAGUAUUAAGUUUUUAUUUUAAUUGCUAUAAUGUUAGUUUUGAACGAACAGUGGUUAAUUGUUGCUUUUGUUUUAGAAAGAUUUGUACAUUUGUUAGAUUAAAGUUACAUCACAUUUUAUUUAUUUUUGGUAAUUUAUUUUUACCGGAUCUGUGUGGUCAGUAAUUGGAAUUUAUGUCAAGCGAGUGAUGUCCGUAACAAGUACAGUGAAUUGUAUGUCUGCUGUGGACCAGCGGCUUGGCCUGGUCCAUCCCAUGGUGAACUUGGAUGUGUCCACUGUAAUGUGUAUGCCAUAAUCUAUGUAUCUCAGUAUAGAAACCGUGAUUUGUUCCUUAGUACCUUGUGUAAAAUGUAAAAUAUUGAAAUGUGAUAAGGAGAAGUCUAGUGUUAGGUACAUAACUGAACUGCAUAAUUCUCAACUCAAUACGUACAUAUUUGUAUCAUUAUGUAAUUCCCAUAAACAAUGUUGUAUUGUAAUACCUAAUUCUAAAUACAUGAAGUACAGGGUUAUACUCUAAAGAAUACAAUGUGAUCAACAUA